GAUGGGUGAUGCUGAGAGCUGCCUGCUCAGACAACAGACACGCGAGGUCAGGAAGAAGCCGCUUAUAAAUUACCGCUUCCUCCGCGCCGCCGCCAGCGCAGAGCUCGGGGCCCUGGCCGAAGCCCCGCUCGCUUGCCAGCUCCGAGCCCCGAGGACCGCGAGCCCAGAGACCGAGCCAAGCUGAGAAGGGGCGCGGAGCGCGGAGCCCGCGGGCCAGAGACGGAGCGGGAGGGCAGCCCCCGGCCAGUGGAACCGAGUGCAGCCGAGCGCGGCGCCGCGGCCACCCCAGGUCCAGAACAACAGCCCUUUCUGAGGAGCCUCCAAAACAAAGCCAGGAGGAUAUGGCCACCAAGGAGAAGCUGCAGUGUUUGAAAGACUUUCACAAAGACAUCUUGAAGCCAUCCCCAGGGAAGAGCCCAGGCACGCGGCCUGAAGAUGAGGCAGAGGGGAAGCCUCCUCAGAGGGAGAAGUGGUCCAGCAAGAUUGACUUUGUGCUCUCUGUGGCUGGCGGCUUUGUCGGCUUGGGCAACGUCUGGCGUUUCCCAUACCUCUGCUACAAAAAUGGUGGAGGUGCAUUUCUCAUACCAUAUUUUAUUUUCCUGUUUGGUGGCGGCCUGCCUGUGUUUUUCCUGGAGGUAAUCAUAGGCCAGUACACCUCUGAAGGGGGCAUCACCUGCUGGGAAAAGAUCUGCCCCUUGUUCUCUGGCAUCGGCUAUGCCUCCAUCGUGAUCGUGUCCCUCCUGAACAUUUACUACGUCAUCAUCCUGGCCUGGGCCACAUACUACCUUUUCCAGUCCUUCCAGUCGGAGCUGCCGUGGGCUCACUGCAACCACAGCUGGAACACGCCCCAGUGCAUGGAAGACACGAUGCGCAAGAACAAGAGCCUGUGGGCCACCCUCAACACCAACAACUUCACCUCGCCUGUCACCGAGUUCUGGGAGCGCAAUGUGCUGAGCUUGUCCUCAGGAAUCGACCACCCUGGCUCCUUGAAGUGGGACCUCGCUCUCUGCCUUCUCCUCGUCUGGCUGGUCUGCUUCUUCUGCAUCUGGAAGGGCGUCAAGUCCACGGGAAAAGUCGUCUACUUCACGGCCACCUUCCCCUUCGCCAUGCUCCUGGUGCUGCUGGUUCGUGGACUGACGCUGCCCGGUGCAGGCGCAGGCAUCAAGUUUUAUCUGUACCCCAACAUCAGCCGCCUCGAGGACCCUCAGGUGUGGAUUGAUGCCGGGACCCAAAUAUUCUUCUCCUAUGCCAUCUGCCUGGGGGCCAUGACCUCUCUGGGGAGCUACAACAAGUACAAGUACAACUCGUACAGGGACUGUAUGCUGCUGGGAUGCCUGAACAGUGGUACCAGUUUUGUGUCUGGCUUCGCAAUUUUUUCCAUCCUGGGCUUCAUGGCACAAGAGCAAGGGGUGGACAUUGCUGAUGUGGCUGAGUCAGGUCCCGGUCUGGCCUUCAUUGCCUACCCAAAAGCUGUGACAAUGAUGCCACUGCCCACAUUUUGGUCCAUUCUCUUUUUUAUUAUGCUUCUCUUGCUUGGACUGGAUAGCCAGUUUGUUGAAGUCGAAGGACAGAUCACGUCCUUGGUCGACCUUUACCCGUCCUUCCUAAGGAAGGGUUUCCGUCGGGAAAUCUUCAUCGCCUUCAUAUGUAGCAUCAGCUACUUGCUGGGGCUGGCGAUGGUGACGGAGGGUGGCAUGUAUGUGUUUCAACUCUUUGACUACUAUGCAGCUAGUGGUGUAUGCCUUUUGUGGGUUGCAUUCUUUGAAUGUUUUGUUAUUGCCUGGAUAUAUGGCAGCGAUAACCUUUAUGACGGUAUUGAGGACAUGAUUGGCUACCGGCCCGGGCCCUGGAUGAAGUGCAGCUGGGCCGUGGUCACUCCAGUUCUCUGUGUUGGAUGCUUUAUCUUCUCUCUUGUCAAGUACGUACCCCUGACCUACAACAAAGUCUACGUGUACCCCACCUGGGCCAUCGGGCUGGGCUGGAGCCUGGCCCUGUCCUCCAUGAUGUGUGUCCCCUUGGUCAUGGCCAUCCGCCUCUGCCAGACAGAAGGGCCGUUCCUUGUGAGACUCAAGUAUCUGCUGACCCCAAGGGAACCCAACCGCUGGGCCGUGGAGCGCGAGGGAGCGACGCCCUAUAGCUCCCGCCUGGCCGUGAACGGCGCUCUCGUGAAACCGACCCACAUCAUAGUAGAGACCAUGAUGUGAGCUCUGGGGCAGACGGAGUGUUUCCCUGCUGUUUACUAACAUUAGAUUCUCAUAGGACCAGGUUUACAGAGCUUUCUAUUUGCACUAGGAUUGUUUUUUUAAUUGUCACAGAAAAUGUUACUCUGUGUGUGUGCGUGCGUGUGCGUGUGGUAUCGUGUGUAUGUGUUUUUCGUUUUGAUUUGGGGAUAUUUUAUACAAAAAAGAAAACCCACCGGCAGAUGUCCGGGGCAAGGCAGAGCUUUCAUACUGAAUUAGAUGUAUUUUAUGGGAACUUGGUAAAUUUUUCUUUGUAUUUUUUUUUACAUAUAACUAUAUAUACAUUUAGAGAUUCUUAUACACUUUUCCACUUGAAUCGAUCUUGCCAGCACAGAUCUCAUUUUCAAAAGCAAUUCUUCGGUGCUUGUAUAAGCUGGCAGAAAGUUCUGCCCCAAGAAACACAGGGUGGAAUUUUCCUGGACAGGAGACCCAUUUUAAAGGUGUAGUACCUUCCCAGCCUGGUUCAAGUGGAAGCACACAGCAGGGGGGAGGCCCCGCCAGCUGGCGCGACCCAGAGGGACUAGAGGAAGGAGGGCCAUGAGGAGAGGCUUCGUUCAUUACGCAUGUCUUAGCCAAGAAGAGAGAUGCCGAAAGAGUGAAUCAAUCCCUCCAGUCAAGGGGCUGACCGAAAGCUGACAGGGGAGGCCUCACGGCCAAAGUCUGAUUCUCUAGAAACCAUUGCACCAAGAGCAAAAUCCCACCUGUUAGUUUGAGAUAGAGGGUGGAUAGUCAGAAGGAACGUGAGACAGGUUGUCAGGACCAUUCAUCGGAGGGGGAGCGGCAGGAGCCCCCAAGGGGGCUGGUGAGGAUGGAGCCCCGAUGUUUAGGAGGCCACAGUCCCAGGGCAUCCCAGGUAGAGGUCCGAGGCCGGCCUGCGGGAGCCGGUGGGCUCAGGGCUCCGACCCUCACACAGAUGGGUCUGUUGCAUUUUAAUGGGGUUCUAUCAGGUUCUGGCCGUUCCCCAGCUGAUGGCUCUCGAAGCUGCGUGUAGGAGAGAAGCAUGAUGCAUUUGGUGAGGGACGAGGGGUGAGCCAGUGGACCAAAGGGUGUGGGCCCAGGCGUUCAGAGAAGCCUAGGCUCAGGGAGGGGUGCUUUUCUUUCCUCAUUUCUCCACCCUCAGCUCUGUCCUCAUCUCCCAGGGGCUGGGAGGUUCCUGACAGGCCCCGGCCCAGGGCUGCGCCAGCUCCUUGCUGGGAGUGCCCAGAGUGCUUCUGGAGGCUCACUGCAUCUUUGAUUUGGGCUAAGUGCUCCCAAACCCUCCUCCCUAUUCAGGCACAAGAGUAGCCCUUAGCAGUGACUCAGGAGAUGGUGAAACUGGUCACAACUCCUGUAUUAGCUGGUGUUGGAUACACACUGUGUGGGGACUAAGGAGAGGGAGUAAGAGGGCAUGUUCUAGAAAGGUGGGAUUGUUCAGGGGGCUGGCACCCCAGAACCAGCUUACCCAAGAGCCUGUCUUCUCUGAACCAGGAGGGAAGGUGCUCCACCUCUAAAAUCCCGAGACAGACACGUCUCCAUCCACGCCCCCAUUUGGACCUAAACUGUGCCAUGUAAACUGUCACUUCCAAGUUCGGAGUCUAAACUAGAUACGAAACGUUGUCACGCACAGACGUCAGUGAGGGCCUCAGGGGAGUCUGGAGAGUGGUCCGGCUCCAGUCUUCAGAGCAGGGGCCUCUCUGAAUCCUGGAACCCUUUCUCCAGAUUUGGGAGGGGAGGAGCCUCUGGGGUCCGAGGGGCAGAAGCAAUCCUGAACCUCCCCUCUUUGGCAAGCACUCACAUUUCACUGUUUCCAAAGCAUCUACUCUGCCAAACAAUACCCCGUCCUAUUCCAAACUGUUAAUAAUUCUGUGUUCCCGUUUUUCUAUGUAUUUAUGGUUGUUGCUGUGUCUGAUUUGAUUUUGUCAUUUUCUUCCCCCUAAUUUUACUGAGUAGCAAUGUGACUUGUUUUCCUUUGUCUCAUGGAACUUAGUAAACUAACCACUGUCAACGAUUGGGGACAGGUGACAUGUGGGGUCAAGAGGGGGCUUGGCACACUGUGGCUGCCUGGGCAUUUGUGGUCAUUUCAGGCUACAAUAUCUCCCCUCUGCUGAAAGGCUACAGUAUUUUGGGUUGGUAGGCAAAUUGCAACAUUCUGGAAAUGGCCUGGGAAAGGCCUCCUCUUAUAAGAUUCGCAGACCAAAUUCUAGACCAAAGAUGCAUGCAGACCAAGUCCCCAGGCCUAGCCUGGAAGGAAGGUCAGCCACUUUCCCCAAGCCCGUCCCUCGACAAUCUCCCAGCGCACCUGUCUCCAACUGGACCCUCUUGUCAACCCCCCUCGCCCUUGUGUUUCUGCAGAGCUUGGCUCUGUGUGUACAAGGUGUAACGGUGCGUGACUUUUCUAUGUCUCCACGUAAACAAAACUUGUCCUUGGAGCUCAUGACUCUGGUCCCCUCUCUGUCCCGGGACAGGUCAGAAUUUCCAGUGCCCGCACAUAGCCCAGUCGGCCACCUCUGGAAGGGAAGCGAGGGAGACAGUUAAAUAACUUUUUUUAGGGUGCAGAAAUGGGAAAGGGCCUCAGGCUAAACCCCGCCCAGGGAGAUACUUCGCUGGGCCUGGCACAGGCCAUGUCAGUGCCCGCAGCAGGCGGUCUUGCACGGUCGGUGUCUCCCCAGUCAGCGCCCUUAUAAAAUGGGGAAACUGAGACCUGGUGUGAGGAAGAGACUGGGUGCAGUGAGCUAGGAUGGCCCCUGAGUCCAUUCCGGCUGCAGGUUCUCCAAGGGGUGUGUGGCGAGUGGCGCGUGCAGCUCCCCAAGGUUCUCCCUGAAGACCAAAGACGGGCCUUUCUGAAAUAGGAAGUGCUCUGUCCCCCAGCGUUCAGGGACAAGGAGAGCAGCACCCCCCACCCUCUCACCAUCCUCGGGCCAACUGGACCUCAAGCUGGUGCCACCGGUGACUGGCCUCCCUCCAGUAGGAGAGGCAGCCUAUUCACCCUGGCCCUGCACCCAGCAGCCCUCCGUGAGCUAGGAACGGACAUCUCUGUUGCACAUGAGGAAACUGAGGACGGAUGAAGCCAGCUGGUGUGCAAGAGGCAGGCUCCCUGAGGCAGGAUUUAGCCUGAGGCCGUGUGGGACAUUCCCAGGCAGUCAGAGGUGAGUGGCCUUGGGUGAUUCCUGGGUGACACAGCCCCCUCUCCAUACCUCUGCGCCCUCAUUCUUACCCCAGACCCCCAGCGCGGCCCUAGAGAAGGUGGCAAAAUCCAAGGGGAGUGAGUCACCCUCAGCCUGGCCACAGGGCCAUCUUGUACCUGGUACCACUGCACAGCGGUGCCCCUCUGGACGGGGAAAUGCCCUGGGCACCCAGCGCUGAAGGCAGAGGUGCCUCCCUUCCCCUCAAGUCUCACACACUGGCCAGGAAGGGACCCAGGAGAAACCUUGAGGCGGCUAGAGGUCCCAAUGUCAGGCAGCCCCAGGCUGGGCUGUCCCUGUGGAUGCUGGACAUAGCCCGGUGCAAAAACCCAACAAGCACAAACCAAACAAAAUCCCAGAUUAUCAAAACGCAGACAGGGGUGUGGACCACCCGGAAGCCAGAGAAUAGCAUUUCCCGCGCCCCGCCCCCCACACCCUGGUAACGCCUGGCCCUCAGAAUGCUCUUGUUUUAAUAGGAAGCUAUGUUUCAUUGUUCUCUUGUUGGUGUCACUACAGACGUGUUCUGACAGUUCCCUGAGGGAUGGAGCAUCUUGUUAUAGAUUUGGCUUCAAACUGAGAUGUUGGCUCCAUCUCUUUCUUUCUUUCUCCCCCCCUACUUUUUUUUUUUUACCCAAUUAAUUUUCGAAUCCCUAGCAACUGUGACUCUGUAUUUAGCACAAGAGAAAGCUGAGAACAUGGGUCUUGCCUCCUUCCAGAAAUCUGUCUGGCUCAUCAGGACUUUUUUUUAAAACUUCAAAAUAUUUUUAAGAUAUUUUAAACUUUUGUAAAAAAAAAAAAAUCACCCAA